AUUUCAUGUUACAUAUUUCCAAGUUGAACAUAAGAGAGAUAUGCGACAGCUCAGUGUCUCUCAUAAGCUACAGCAGCUCUAAUCUCGCAACUUUGCUCCCGAUCCAGGCCUCAUUCUCUCAACGGGGGUAUAAACAACGUAAGUUGAUGAUAGUUGGCUGAAACAUGUAAGGAAGAGACGGGUUACGGACGCUCUAGAUGUUCUCUCAAUGCCUUUAAAACAUCUCUUAUGAACCUUAUUACAGCUGUCACGUUCAAGAUGCUUCAUCAGGGGACGAGGGUGAAGUUCUCGUGUCUCGAUUGUUUCUUGUUUCGGUUUCUGCUCGACUAGUAAGUUAAUUGUAGAUCCUAAACAAGCGAAAUCUCGUUCUCCAUGUCGCAGCCAAAUGUCCACGCGUGAGAGUUCGAAUCAUCAGCUUAGGCGAGCCGUCGUUUCGGAGAAAUAGCUAGGAGGAUAUUAAGACCUCAUCUACAGCACAAGUUCCAUUUAACGACCAAAACGAGCGACGUGCCACCUUAGGCAACAUUGCUCUUACGUUUUAUUGAAGACUCAUAGCCCUCGUAAUGGGGUGGCGCCAAGAGGAGACACAUUGGAGUGCCGGCUUCUGGUUCAGAUUGACUGCCGUCAUAAACGUCUUGGAUGAAAAGCUUGGGCGGAGAAGCUGUUUGCAUGUGCAGGCAAUGGUCUUGCUUUGAAUGGCGUUUUUGCAUCUUCGCGUGAUUGGUUGCUGCAAAAGACAAGUGCAUGAGUGGGGUAGAUAAAAGGUUGGGGGUUGUGAAUUUCCUGUAUCACGCGCGCAGCUGCAAGCGUGAGUUGGCGAGACUGAAAUAGGGAGUAUCGCGAGACAAGACUUCAAGUGAAGCUAUGGUGCCAAAAAAGUCCAAUAUAGGACCAGACAGAUCGUCACAGUACAAAUACAGACAUCAGUCUGAACAAGCUAGCAACAAUGACGACUCCUAGGGUUCACUCAACCCACCGCUCCUCGGAUGGCAGUUUCUCGAAGACAUACACACCGUCCAUUCGCUUAAUCACAAACUAUGGCGUGGAAGGCGAUUUUCAUGCUGGUAGCACAGUGCGGCAACAAGACCGAGCGCGUGAAAAUCCAAACUCUCCAAACCUACGUCAAAUUCAUCUGAUUCCAUACGAGUUGUUCAACGAGCUCUCCACGUAUGGAUACACUAUUCAGCCUGGUGAACUCGGUGAGAACGUCACAACAUACGGUAUCGACUUGCUCUCAUUGCCGCGAGAUACUUAUUUGUACUUCGGAAGUGGAGACGACAUGUCCAUCGUGCGAAUAACGGGAUUGCGAGAUCCGGGAAAGGGAGUAGAACAACACAAGUCCGGCCUUUUGGGAAAGCUCAAGUACAGAGCUGAGGACGGAUCUAUAGUAAGGAAAUGUGGCGUGAUGGGUGUCGUUGCUCAGGGCGGCGCAAUUAAAACUGGUGAUAGCAUCCGUGUUGUGUAUCCGGAACAACGUUAUGGCCUAGCUCCAGUUUGAUCACUACACAAAAAGAGAACAUCUAUUUUGAUGGUAACAUUAUAUCUGACAGGGUGAAAGGGCGUCGCUCUAUGUCUCAAAGUUAGCUUAUAUCACAAUUUUCACCACACAAUGCCUUCAAUCUGCUAUAUUAACUUUUCAUGUCAGAACUCAGAAAAUGUAAUUUACGAUGAUAUUGUAGAGAAUUUCCACUUGAACUCACUUGUCUAUAUUGAUGUCCUUGGCUCUGAGGCUGAUUAUUCCCCUGUUUGAUUCCCAACCAAUACACGUUUCAAAAAAAAA